UUAACUGCCUUGGUCCCAGUCCUGGCAGGGGCAGCGGGGGCGAAGGCAAGCACCCUGGCCCAUCUGCCCUGCACCUGCCACCAGGGGCUGGACCCGCGGGGGCAUGAUGUGCACCCAGAUGGAUGGGAUGGGGCUGCAGAAAUUUACAAAGAGAAGAGCUCCAUGUGGGUGAACUGAAGAUAUACUAGGUUUAAACUUGAGUCCCUUUCAUUACAUGAGUUGCAUGUUACCCACUGACACUGAAGUAAAGCUGGAAAAAAACCUACAAGUUAAGAAAACAAGAAGUUUGGAAUUGGACUUGGGGGAUCUGGGCUUGGAAAUGCCUCAGCCCAGUGUGAGUGGAAUGGACCCUCCUUUUGGGGAUGCCUUUCGGAGCCACACGUUUUCAGAACAGACGCUGAUGAGCACAGAUCUUUUGGCAAACAGUUCAGAUCCUGAUUUCAUGUAUGAACUGGACAGAGAAAUGGACUGUCAGCAGAGCUCCAGAGACAACUUCCUUUCUAUGGAGGACUGCAAAGACAUUGAAAACCUGGAGUCUUUUACAGACAUUCUGGGUAAUGAAGCAUUUGCCUCAAACUGGGAGCAGUGGGACACAUACUGUGAAGAUCUAACCAAGUAUACCAAACUAACCAGCUGUGACAUUUGGGGAACAAAAGAAGUGGAUUAUCUUGGCCUUGAUGAUUUUUCAAGCCCAUACCAAGAUGAAGAGGUGAUAAGUAAAACUCCAACUCUGGCCCAGCUUAACAGCGAGGACUCUCAACCUGUCUCAGAUUCACUUUAUUACUCAGAUUCACUUUUUAGUGUAAAACAGAACACUCUAACUUCUCUGCUACCUGGCAAAAAGAUCACAAGCAGAGCAGCAGCCCCAGUUUGUUCCUCCAAAAAUGUUCAGGCUGAGGCGCCUUUGUCAGACUGCGUUCAAAAAGCGAGCAAGCCCACAUCAAGCACACAAAUCAUGGUGAAGACCAACACGUACACUAAUGAGAAGGUGAACAUUCAUGUUGAAUGUAAAGACUAUGUUAAAAAAGCAAAAGUAAAGAUCAAUCCAUUGCCACAGAGCAGACCGGUGUUGAGCCAGGCCCAUGCAGAUGCAGCAAAAGAAAACACCUGCUACUGUGGAGCUGUGGCAAAGAGACAAGAAAGGAAAGUGGUAGACUCCCUUCAGACUCCUAGUACUCCUCCUGUUCUGCCUUUUAAAGAGACUCAGGAGCUGCUCCUCAACCCACCCCAGGAAACUCCCGGGCUAAUUGUGGGGGAGAGCAGCCUUGCUGCCAGUACGUGCGCGCCAGAUUCUUCACAGAAGAAAGAAGAGCACAAUUAUUCUCUUUUUGUCACAGAUAGCUUGGGUAAUCAGUCAAUCAAAAGAGACCCUGAAGAGGAGGAGGAGGAGGAUGAGGAGGAGGAUGUUGAAGAUGAAGACCAUGAUGAAGGAUUUGGCAGUGAGCACGAGUUGUCUGAAAACGAUGAUGAGGAGGAAGAUUAUGAAGAUGACAAAGAUGAUGACAUCAGCGAUACUUUCUCUGAACCAGGAUAUGAAAAUGAUUCUGUGGAAGACUUAAAAGAAAUGACUGCAGUAUCUUGCCGGAAAAGAGGCAAAAGAAGAUAUUUUUGGGAAUAUAGUGAACAACUGACUACAUCUCAACAAGAAAGAAUGCUGAGGCCAUCUGAGUGGAAUCGAGAUACAUUACCAAGUAAUAUGUAUCAGAAAAAUGGACUCCAUCAUGGAAAAUAUGCAGUGAAGAAGUCACGGAGGACUGAUGUGGAAGACUUAACUCCCAACCCUAAAAAGCUUCUCCAGAUCGGCAAUGAGUUAAGGAAACUGAAUAAGGUGAUCAGUGACCUGACGCCAGUCAGCGAACUACCCUUAACUGCUAGACCAAGAUCAAGAAAAGAAAAGAACAAACUAGCUUCCAGGGCUUGCAGACUAAAGAAGAAAGCCCAGUAUGAAGCCAACAAAGUCAAAUUGUGGGGUCUCAACACGGAAUAUGAUAAUUUGUUGUUUGUGAUCAAUUCUAUAAAGCAAGAAAUUGUUAAUCGAGUGCAGAUCCCUAAAGAUGACAGAGGAACCAACAUGGAACAGAAGCUUGAUGUACUCGUUAAAGAUACUCUUGGACUACCUGUAGCGGGACAAACAUCAGAGUUUGUGAACCAAGUUCUAGAGAAAACUGCAGAAGGAGACCCCACUGGUGGCCUUGUAGGGCUGCGAAUACCAACGUCAAAAGUGUAACAGACAUCACUUCACCUGUUCUCAUUGAAUGCUUCACCUAUGUAAGACAUCUUGUAUUUGUGGUUGAGUGAACUCUAAGGCUGAUAGCACAUGCGGACCUAGUGAACUGUUUAAAAGGCAACAUUAAAUCAUUUUAAUUAACAAAACAUGGCAACCUGCUCUGCCUAUGUUUGGGGUCAUGACUAUAAUGCUGUUCUUGAUAUUCUGUUGUCAGUUUCCGACUGGAGCUCAGAAAAACUUACCGAAAGUCUUGUCUCUGUUAGAAUCUGAUUUUUUUUUUUUUUUUUUUUUUUUUUUUUUUUUUACUUUGUUAAAAGCAUGAUCUGUUACAAAGAGUUACAAUGUUUAAUGUUGGUUAAUAGUUGUGCAGUUUUUUCUUUUUUUUUUUCCAAAAAGAGGCACAAUUAAAAUAUAUUGACUCUGUUUACUGUCACCCUUGAUCCCUAGCACUUUUAUUCAGAUACAGGCUCAUCGAUGUAUGCAACAUUCUUUGUAAUUUAAAAUAAAAAAUUGUGGAGGAAAA